AUGCCUCGAGCAUUCCUGAUCACCAAUAAGAGGUACAAUUCUGCGGUGGAUUAUGAAGAAAAUCGAAUAUCCAGAGAGGCGAGCCCGGAACGCGUUGUAUCGACAGCGGAAGGAGGACCCUUGUUCCGGUCGACAUCCUUCGAUAGCGAGGGGGACUCGAUAGGAUUCGAGUCCCUCAAGCCAACCAGUCCCCAUUCUCCAGCGCAUGAGUCCCGGUCCCUCCAGCAGAGUCCUUCAGUGGAAGAACCCACAACACUAGGACUCACGGUAUUCCGUCCUUUGGACCAUGACUCUCGAUUGAACGCUACAUACAGCAACAUCAGUUUCAGUGCACCAGCGCAAUGUGGCUUCUUCCGUCCAUGUCAGUCCAACACCUCAGCUUUGGUCACCGUUAUCCGGCAGCUCAUGCAACAACCAUCGUCCAGUCCGAACCGAUCUUCGCCGGAUAUUAGUAAUCGCAGUUCUCCGACCUCCGGACAGUCGGACACUCACGUGUGCGGCGAGUGCGGCAAGCGAUACAGCACCUCCAGCAACCUCGCGCGGCACAGACAGACGCACCGAUCAGUGACAGACAAGAAGGCGCGCAAGUGCCCCCACUGUGAAAAGGUGUACGUGUCUAUGCCAGCGUACAGCAUGCACGUACGCACGCACAGCCAGGGCUGUCAGUGCCCGUACUGCGGAAAGUGCUUUUCCAGGCCGUGGCUUUUGCAAGGCCACAUCCGCACUCACACCGGUGAAAAGCCGUUCACCUGUCCCGUGUGCAGAAAGGCCUUCGCAGACAAGUCGAACCUGCGUGCUCACAUCCAGACUCACUCCAGCAGCAAACCUUACGUGUGCGGCCGGUGCGGCAAAGCCUUUGCUCUCAAGAGUUACCUCUACAAGCACGAAGAGUCAUCGUGCAUGCGCGUACACAGGCAGCAACAUGCGAAAGAAACAGCAUUGGAUCUCGCCCCCAAAGCCAUUGACCAAAAAGAAUACUCUUCGAUGAUCCUUGAGAGAAAUACGGCAAUCCUUGUUGGGUAG